AUGGUGUUUGGGUAUGCUGCGUUGCGACCUCUCCUCAGGACGUCAAUUUAUUCCAGACCAACAUUUCUCCUCAGGGCGAUCCAACCAUCUGUGCCAGUUAUACUUAAUACAUCACCAAGGACUUAUGCUGAACUACUUGUUCGAGCAUUCUCUAGUGAGGUGAAUCGUGCUGAAUUUGAGGAGCGCGUGCUCAAUGUUUGCAAAGCUUAUGAUCGUAUAAACGCUGAAAAGCUGAGUCUAGACUCCCACUUUAUUAAUGAUCUGGGUUUGGAUAGUUUGGAUCAUAUCGAAGUGAUUAUGGAAAUUGAAAAUGAAUUCAGUCUUGAAAUUCCCGAUGUCGAGGCAGAAAAGCUUAUGACCCCCGCGCAAAUCGUGGAAAUGCUCUACCAGAAGAAGCUGCGAAAGACCAAAGUGACUGAGUAA